UACAGUUCUCCUGAAAACAGUUUGUGUGUUUAUCUGUCUGUGGAGAGUUUUCUGUUACAGGACCAAAAAGAAUCAUCUUCUAAUCAUCAGACUGAAGCGAUGUGCAGACGAGUGUGGAGGGAACUUUUAGGAUAGGAUAGGAUAAUACUUUAUUGAUCCUCAGAGGGGAAAUUCGGGCGUUGCAGCACUUUAGGGAAGUAACGGUAGAAGUGAAAUAAAAAUAGUUCUCGGUCGAAGAAAGAAGGAAGGAAGUGAAGACAUUUCACUUCUUCAUUUCAGAGUGUGUCUGCAAGUCAGUUUUCUCUUCAGAGAGAGUCCAAAUCACAGAGAGAGAGAGCUGGAAACUAAGGAUGGCAGGCUGGGACAAGAAGCUUCUGUGGUGCUUCAUGCUCCUGCUGGCAGGUGCUGCUGCUCAACCUGUCAUGUAUCCUCCUCAUGUCUGUGCUGUGAGCAGAUCAACCGUCACCCUGCCCUGCACCUUCACACCAAACGACACCUUCAAUCAUACUCCAAGUUCGGUAGAAGUUCGGAUUCAAGUGAUCAGAGUCCGCUGGUGUCAGAACCAUCAGAUUUGUCAUGGCUCGACCCCCAACGUGUACGACAGCCGCUCGCCCAACGACAACAACCAUCGUUACAGAUACCUGGGAGACCUGAAGAAGAACUGCACGCUACAGAUCAUAAACGUAAACAAGAUGGAGGACGAAGCGACUCUGCGCUUCAGGAUGGAAGUCAAUUACACUUUGGGACAUUUCACUGGAACAUCAGGAGUGAACGUCACCGUCACUGAAAGGACUAAACUGAAGAUAGUGAGCUCCAGAGACAACAGACACGUUGCAGAAGGUCAAACUGUAACACUACAAUGUUCUGCAAACUGUACAUUCAACCAGCUGGACGUCUCCUGGUUCAGGGAUGGCCAUCUCUUGUCAGAGUCUGGACCAGCCCUCCUACUCGGGCCUCUAACUGCAGAGGAUUCUGGGAACUACACCUGUAUGUUGAAGAACACAGAAAAUCUACCGUCUGAGCCGUACAGUCUGAGCGUGACGGACAAAAAGGAAGGACAGCAUGGUGACCUUCCUCUGAUCGUUGGCGUCGUGCUUGGCGUCCUUCUGGCUGUGGUCGCUCUCAUUGUGGUUCUUCUCAUCAUCAAAAGGAAGCGAGCUGCAGAGAAAAACCAGAGAGAUGUAGGAGGGGAGGAGCCACCAAAGGUUCCUGAAGAAGUCUACAGCAACAUUGUGACCUUUGACCCUCAGGGAGGAGGUCACCUCGACGUGGAGGACGUCAGCUACGCGUCUGUCCAGUUCCAACAGCAGAACCAGAGGAGAGCGCCCGAGUUAUCUGUGAUCUACAGCUCUGUCGCCAGCAGAGGCUGAUCUUCACAUCUCAGCCGCUCAGGAGUCCAUCAAACAUUAGGCUGCGUUUAUCCUCCUCUUCUUCUCACAGAAACCCUAACCCUCUCUGAAGAAGAAACACACACAAUAUCUUCUUUAGCUGUUUUCACAUCUGCACUCCUGAAAUCCUCCUGAUCUGUUCACACAUGCACCUCACAGCAGAGACUAUCCCUGUCAGACAGGAUGGGGGGGGGGGAGGGGGGGGGGGGUCGAUACAUGAUGUAAAAAAAACGAAAAAGGAAGUAGCAGAUAAAGCAUCAGAGUCCUCCAUAUGUCUCUAUGAUGAUAAUAUGUGUCUUUCUAUCAAUGCUGUAGUUGAAGAGAAUCUCAGUGAACUAAAGAGUGGAGAAGAACAAACUGGAGAACAGGAAACAUGCAGCAGCAGGUUGAUUAGAGCACGGAGAUGGUAGAGGUGGCGUGCAGACAGUCUAUGGUCGUGCAGCGAUCACAGGGAAUAAAGGUCACCACCCCCUCCCACUGGCUCCUCCCACUGGCUCCAGGUGAAUUGUCCUGAUUAUAUCCUGCUGUGUUCUCACUCUGAACACUUCAGUGCUCACUAAAUGAACUUCAGAUUUCUGUUAUUUCAGGUUCUUCUGUUUCUUGGUGCACAGUAAUAUAUUCAAUGAUGUGACAUGUUUUUGUAAAUAAAGUUUUGAUUUGACUGAA